AUGUCUUCUCGAAUCUUCUUCAUCUUCGCCGCUGCCAUGGUGGCUACCGCAUUCUCCAUUCUCGCAAAACUGGCUCCUGCGGUCUACGCCAUGUGCAAUUUCCGCGUCUUGCGCGGUUCUGGCAUCAAGUUGCGCGGGAGGGAGUUGCUGGUUGGCUUUCUUUCCAGUGGGAGCAAGAUCGCCAAGGUCUUCCUUACCCUCACGUCGGCUCCUUUGUCGGUCAACCUCCCAUCCAUUCCACCCGGUAGGACUACAGCGGCCAUCGUUGUCACGACUUUCACCUUCGCGGCCAAUUCUAAAGACGGGGACGAGCAACCCGACAUCGACUCUACAAGCUCUACCCCAGUCCGAGCCACGUUCCUCAUCUCGCGCACCGAGUCCGAGAAUGGAUGCAAGACUGCGUCAAGCAAGCUGCUCCGCAAGACGUGCGCGAGGGUGGUGCAUGCUCGUGUGCCAGGUAUCGUGCAGGUGCCUACGGGCGGGUAUAACUGCGCUGUUAUGUGA